CCGGUCAUGUGACGAAACUUACCGGAUGUUCUGCAUGACUGCUGUUGUUGACACUGGCUGUCACUUAGGCUUUAGUGUUUUUAACUAUAGUUUUUCUAUUAGCUUACUCCUAAUGUGGCUAAGUUAACCAACGUGUGAAAGCUAAUCGUCGCUGCUGUAAAUGGCUUUGGAGAUCACGUCAAGCAAAUACAGUUGAUAGAUAUUGAAGUGAACGUAGUUAUAGCUAGCAUCUUAUAGCUUUUUGGAAGAGCAAUACACGAUGGCGGUAGAGCUUGAUGUAUUUGUGGGGAACACCACCAUCAUGGAUGAGGAGGUUUAUCAGCUGUGGCUUGAUGGCUAUACAGUAAACGAUGCAGUUAAGGUGCGAAUGGUCAGCGAGGGGAUGGAGGAAUACGAGGCGAGUGCCGAAGUCGUAAUGAGUGACACUAUGGACCAGUACAGAACUUUCCAGAUGUGUGAACGUCUGCUGCACAACCCCACCAAGCUGGCCAACCAGCUGCUGUUCCAGAUCCCGCCCCAUCGGCAGGCUAUGCUCAUAGAGAGAUACUAUACGUUUGAUGACGUGUUUGUACGGGAGGUCUUGGGCAAAAAACUAUCAAAGGGAACCAAGAAAGACCUCGAUGACGUCAGCUCAAAGACGGGCAUCACUCUGAAGAGUUGUAGACGGCAGUUUGACAACUUCAAGCGUGUGUUCAAAGUCGUGGAAGAACUCAAGGGACCCCUGGUCGAGAACAUUCGCCAAAACUUUAUUCUCUCUGACAAGCUGGCCAGGGAUUAUGCGGCAAUAGUUUUCUUUGCCAACAAUCGGUUUGAGACGGGGAAGAGAAAACUGCAGUAUCUCACGUUCCAGGACUUUGCUUUCUGCGCCGGCCAGCUCAUCAAAAACUGGACAGUAGGAGCUGUGGAUAACAUGGUGGAAGACAUGGACGUAGAUCUGGACAAAGAAUUUCUACAAGACCUGAAAGAGCUGAAGAUAUUGAUAACGGACAAGGAUCUGCUGGAUCAACACAAAAGUCUGGUUUGCACAGCUCUCAGGGGAAAGACGAAAGUGUACACAGAGAUGGAGACCAACUUCAAGAAUCUUUCACGGGGGCUGGUCAACAUCGCAGCGAAACUCACAAAUACAAAAGAUGUCAGAGAUUUCUUCAUCGAUCUGGUGGAGAAGUUCAUCGAGCCCUGUCGCUCUGACCGCUGGGCCUCCGCAGACAUGAGGCUCUACCUCACCCACUACACCAACUCUGCACACCUCCUGGACACAUUCAAAUAUCAAGUUGUGUGGGACCGAUACAUGGGAGUCAUUAAAAGCUGUAUCUUCAAAAUGUACCACGACUGACAGUCCGUCUCCGUUCAUCAUCAGCGUCCAAAGUCGUCCCAUUGCUCAUUUAUUCUCUCUGUCUCCCCCUCAUCAUCAUAGACUUUAUUUUCUAGGUACCCCCAAAUGUCUACUUUCUCUACUCCUCUCUCCGGGAUCAUUGACCAACGAUUUGUUCAUGUUAAACGGGACUUUGGUCCUCUUGGCCGUCUCUCUAUUUUUCUGUAAAUAAAAUCAACCUAUUUGCAUUUAAAGUUU